AUGGACUUGAAAAGUAAGAAAAACAAUUCCAGUAAAAAGAAACAUUUCUCUGUAGAAGAUGUCAGUGAUGAUGAUGUGAAAUGUAAAUUUUAUACUGGGCUUACUUGGUUGCAGUUACUUUGUUUGUGGGAUUUUUUGGGACGAGCAACAAACAAAUUGUCUUUAUGGAGCAGACCAAUGAAACAUAAUGAGAAAUCACCUGGUCCAAAACGGAAAUUUGAACCAAUAAACGAGUUGUUUUUAACCCUAGUUAGACUUCGUUUAGGAUUGCUACAUUCAGAUUUGGCUUAUCGUUUUCAAAUUAGUAAAGGCAAAGUCUCUAGUAUUGUGAUAACUUGGGUACAUGUUUCUUCAAUUCAGCACACAGAUUCAGAUUCAGAUUCAGAUUCUAUGUUCCCUUCACGAGAUAUUUUGAAGAAGUCUUUGCCAAAGUGUUUCAAAAAGUAUAAAAAUGUCAGGUCAAUCAUAGAUUGUACAGAGAUUUUUGUCCAAACAGCAACCAACUUUCAGCAACAAGGUAAUUUGUAUAGUAGUUAUAAAUCUCACCCAACGUUUAAAGCUUUAGUAGGGAUAGCUCCAAAUGGGGCAGUCACUUACCUGUCAGAUUUAUUUGAAGGUGCUGCGUCAGAUAGAAACAUAGUAAUUGAGUCAGGGUUUUUAGACAAAUUAGAACCAGGUGAUCUUAUUCUAGCUGACCGUGGCUUUACAAUUAGGAAUGUACUGUUUGAUAAGAAGGCUGACUUCUUCAUGGGCGUGACAGGUUUACUGUGCAGGAGGAGGCAGAAACAAAACAGAUUGCCAAAGUCAGAAUUCAUGUAG